GGGUUUUUGGGGGGCUCAGGUGCGCCCGCGCCGGGCACAACGGCGGCGGCCGCUGCCUCGAGGGGGGGCUCAGCGGGCCCCGGCACGGUGUGACCCAGGCGUGCGGCGCCGGCGGAAUUUGGGCUUUCCUGAGCUGCCCCCCCGAGGACGAGUGCGAGAACGGGCACCACACCUGCGGCCCCAGCCAGGUGUGCCGGGACCUGCCCGAGGGCUUCACCUGCACCUGCAGGGCGGGCUACAGCCUGGACAGCCGCACAGGUGAGUGCCGCCCCGUGUGCCGCCAGGGCUGUGCCAACGGCACCUGCGUGGAGCCCGACAGGUGUCGCUGCCACUUCGGCUUCGUGGGCGGCGACUGCGCCACGCCCUGCGCCUGCAACGGCCACAGCGACUGCGCCGGCCCCGCGGCCCGGGACACCUGCCUCAGGUGUAUGAACAACACCCAGGGCCCGCAGUGCGAGCGGUGCCGCCCGCUGUUCGUGGGCUCCGCCCUGGCCGGGGGCACCUGCCUCACCUGCCGCUCCUUCUGCCGCCACCGCGCCGACGUGUGCGUGAGCCGCGCCCAGCUGGAGCGGCACCGCCGCGACCCCGACAGGUACCCCCUGGAGCCGCACCUGCUGCACACCUGGGUGUCGGAGGGCCCCAGCGAGGCGCAGGCCGUGUGCGUGAACUGCCAGAACAACAGCGUGGGGGACAGGUGUGACACCUGCCGGCCCGGCUUCUUCAUGCUCGAUGGCACCUGCACCAGGUGCCAGUGCAACGGGCACGCCGACACCUGCAACGAGCUGGACGGCACCGGGUGCCCCUGCCAGAACAACACGGAGAGCGGAGCCUGCCCCGAGCGCCGGACUGCUACCGGCACCAGUGCUCCAAGUGCCGCGACUCCUUCCAGGGCCACCCCGUGGGCGGCCAGCAGUGCUACCGCCUGCUGUCGGUGGAGCAGGAGUACUGCCUGGACCCGGCGUCGCAGAGCCACUGCUUCCCGCCGCCGCAGCGCCGCCCGCUGCCGCCCGGCCGCUCCGUGCCCUUCGCCGUGCAGCCCAAGUUCACCAACGUGGACAUCCGCGUCACGCUGGACGUCACCUUCGGCGCCGUGGACCUCUACGUGGCCACCCGCCACUGCGGGGCGCGCGGGCGGGCGGUGGCACCUUUGGGACCUUUGGUGGUCAAGGGGGGGUGGCGGUGGCACCUUUGGGACCAGCGGUGGCACCUUGAGGUCUUCAGGAAGCGGUGGUGACACCUUUGGGACCGGCGGUGGCACCUUCAGGGCUUCGGGGAGUGAUGGUGGCGCCUUUGGGACCCUUGGUGGUCAAGGAGGGGGUGGUGGCACUUUGAGAUCUUCAGGAAUUGGUGGUGACACCUUCGGGACUGGUGGUGGCAGCUUUGGGACCUUAGGAACUGGUGGUGGCACCUUGAGGUCUUCAGGAACUGGUGGUGACACCUUUGGGACUAGUAGUGGCACUUUUGGGACCAGUGGGACUGGUGGUGGCACCUUUGGAAGUGGUGGGACCAGUGGCGGCACCUUGAGGUCUUCAGGAACCAGUGGUGACACCUUUGGGAACUUUGGUGGUCAAGGAGGCGGUGGUGGCACCUUGAGGGCUUCAGGAACUGGUGGUGACACCUUUGGGACUGGUGGUGGCACCUUUGGGACCUUUGGUGGCCCUGGUGAUGGUGGAGCUGCUCCCACCGGUCCAACUGGCCAAACUGGUUUCACUGGUGACCCCAGAACUUCUGGAGGUCCUGGAGCCACUCCCGGUGGCCAAACUGGCCAAACUGGUGGCCCUGGAGGUCCCAGAGGUGAUUUUGGUGGCCAAACUGGGCAAACUGGUCAUGGUGGUCAAGCUGAUGACCCCAGAGCUUUUGGUGGUCCAGGAGCCAAUCCCAGUGGCCAAACUGGUUUUACUGGUCACGAUGGUCAAGCUGAUGACCCCAGAGCUCUUGGUGGCCGCAGAGGUGAUUUCAGUGGUCACACUGACCCACCUGGGUGGCCAACCUGGUCACUUUGGUCACUCUGGUCAAUCCGAUGA